AUGUCACCAUUACACUGUCUUCGCUUCGUCGACGUCUCCGAGUGGAAGGCAACAUCUCCGGAUUGGCAACGUCUUAUGCUACAGCUCCCGGCAAAUGAACAAAAGCAGGUGACACGCUUUGUGUUUGCAAAAGACCAAAAGCUGGCACUCGCGAGCCGCUUGCUGCAGCGGCAGCUCAUCCACGAACUCUUCCAUGUAAACUACGAGAACAUCGAGAUACAACGUACUCCUGAGAAUAAACCAUACUGGAGGCGACCGACCGGAAGUCUCGCUCCUCCAUUGUGGAAUUACAAUGUCUCCCAUCAUGGGACCAUCGUGGCAAUUGUCAGCGAUUCUCGGACUUUAGUUGGCGUAGAUGUUGUCCGACUAGCAGACCGACCUCUUUAUAAGAAGUCAGCCGAGGAGUUUUUUCGAGCUUUUGCUGAUCACUUUAAUCCGACGGAGUGGAAUUACAUUUGCGAUGUGGAGGACGAAGAUACUCAAUAUACCCGAUUCUAUGAACUAUGGUCGCUCAAGGAGGCAUACAUUAAGGCGGUGGGCAUUGGUCUGGGCUUCUUGAUGUUACGGGUCGAGUUUGUCCGAGGGGAUUCAUCCCAAUGGGAGCUUAUUUUGGAUGGUCAGCGUGCUAUUGACUGGCAUUUCAAGUGUACACAGCUUGAUUCGAUUCAUCUCGUGAGUGUUGCGUACGGGCCCUACUCGGCGAUGUGGAUGCCUGAGACUAGCUCUUUGUUCUCAGAUGUUGACUCGUAUCCUGUCUUGCUUACUACUGGUAUCAAAAAAAGCGAAGAAGGCGCAGAAUGGCAACAAUGGAGACUUCAAGAUCUGCUUCAAUCAUCAUAA